AUGCAUAAGGGUUCCGUCAUCGUUACUGGCUGCGAUAGCGGGCUUGGGUUGGCGCUGUGCAGCCUCCUCCCGCGGCACGGCUACUAUGUCUUUGCGACGUGUCUGACGGAUGAGGGGAGGAAAGUCGCCGCCGCUGCCAUAAAUGGUGAACAGGAUGCUCCCAGCCACACCUUAGGAGCCCAAAGUGGCUAUAUAGAAUGUAACGACGGCAGCUGUUACCUCAUUGACGUCACGUCUUCUUCUGCCGUUGAGAGCUUCUGCGACGAUGUGACUAGACGCGUAACCGCAACCAGGAUUCCUCCUUUAUAUGCAAUUGUAAACAACGCUGGAAUCUGGAGAUUCGGAUUGUUGCAGGACGCAUUCAAAUCACCUGAAAAUCGCUUGGCGGAGGUAGACAGAUGGAAGGAGGUGGUAGACACGAACCUGCUGGGAGCCCUGCGCGUAACGCUCGCCUUUGUCAACCAGCUCCAGGAGUCAUCAGAAGGAUGCGACCCAAGGGUCGUAUUCAUUUCCAGCGUGCUUGAUCGGCAUGCCCUGCCGGGCCAGGGAGCAUAUGUGGCAUCCAAAUUCGCACUAAACGGCUUUUACGAAACGCUAUGUCACGAGCUGGUGGGCACGAACAUUCGACCCGUGAUCAUCAGGCCAGGCGCAUUGAAGAACACCAGGCUCUUCAAUCGAGAUCUGUGUCAACAUAAUGCAGCGGAACGCCAACCAUUGAUGCAUGACGCUGACCUGCUGAAGGCAUCAUACAGGCUGCUCCUUAACGUCGCCGGUGAUUGCAAUCAAGUGGCACUCACUGUCCUGGAAGCGCUCCAGUCAAAGGAGCCCAACUCCGAGUUUUCCAACGUAACCGGUGCUUUCCCGUUCAGGGUGGCGGAGUACCUACCUCGUCGCCUGUUCGUGCAAAUCGUCGGGCUUGUGCUUCGGAAUCUAGGAUGGCUAUAUCACCAUGCACUGUCUAUUUUUCGACAUCGUUGGAGUGAUUGA